UCCGGUUUCACCUCUUCUGUGCCAAACUAGCCGUGCACUGAUCCAGAAACUCUCAAAAACUAGGGUUUGGUUCUCACCGAAGAAGCACAAAGUGAUCGGCCAUGGACAGUGCCUUCGCGAGCGCCUCUGCCAUCAGCGAUCAGAGGCAAAAGAUCGAGCAGUACAAACUCAUUCUUUCCUCGGUCAUCACAUCAAAUGACAUCGCACAGGCCAGGAAAUUCAUCGAUCACAUGUUAUCGGACGACGUUCCUUUGGUGGUCUCGCGGCAACUUCUGCAAAUAUUCGCUCAAGAAUUGGGGAGGCUGGAGCCGGAGGCCCAAAAGGAAAUUGCUCAUUAUACACUUACUCAGAUUCAGCCACGGUGUGUGUCAUUUGAAGAACAGGUGUUAGUUAUCAGAGAGAAGCUUGCUGAGUUGUAUGAGUCCGAGCAGCAGUGGUCAAAGGCAGCACAGAUGCUCAGUGGCAUUGAUUUAGACUCCACAAUGAGGGUUAUUGAUGAUACAUUCAGAUUGUCGAAAUGUGUCCAAAUAGCUCGUCUAUAUCUUGAGGAUGAUGAUGCUGUUAAUGCGGAAGCUUUUAUUAAUAAAGCCUCAUUCUUGGUUAGCAACAGUCAGCAUGAAGUAUUGAAUUUACAGUACAAGGUUUGUUAUGCUAGGAUUUUAGAUUUGAAGAGGAAGUUCUUGGAGGCAGCAUUACGAUAUUAUGACAUAUCCCAAAUUGAGAAACGGCAAAUAGGAGAUGAGUUGAUUGAUGAGGAAGCAUUGGAGCAAGCUCUAUCUGCUGCUGUAACAUGCACAAUUUUGGCUGCUGCAGGUCCUCAACGUUCUCGUGUUCUGGCGACUUUGUAUAAAGAUGAACGCUGCUCAAAGUUGAAGAUUUAUCCUAUAUUGCAAAAGGUGUAUUUGGAGAGAAUUUUGAGAAAACCUGAAAUCGAUGCCUUCGCUGAAGAACUAAAAGCCCAUCAGAAAGCACUUUUACCAGACAAUUUUACUGUGUUGGAUCGUGCAAUGAUUGAGCAUAAUCUUUUGAGUGCAAGCAAGCUUUACACAAAUAUAAGCUUUGAUGAGCUAGGUACAUUGCUGGGCAUUGCUCCUCAGAAGGCCGAGAAGAUAGCGUCAAGAAUGAUUUAUGAGGAUAGAAUGAGGGGAUCUAUUGAUCAGGUGGAAGCUGUUAUACAUUUUGAGGAUGACACUGAGGAGUUACAACAGUGGGAUCAACAGAUUGUUGGCCUCUGCCAAGCUCUCAAUGAUGUUCUUGAUAGCAUGGCGAAGAAGGGCUUGUCAAUUCCUGUCUGAUCCACGUUGAUGACAACAAAGCAGACAGACUUGCCGCUCAAAUCACUCAACUACAGUUUUGCAUGUUAUUUUCUCAGCAUUGGUUUAUCUUGUCUACCUAGAUCAGAAGUUAUAUGGCAUCAUCAUGGCUUAACAAAUGGCGACCUUUGCACUUGCCUCACCCCAUGCUCGUAUAUCCUGUUCAUGUUCAUAUUCUGCAUUUUUGUAUGAUUGAUUUAAGCUCAUGGUCGGCAAUGGCUUCCUGGUCUUCAAAUUUAAUAUUUUUCUUGUAUAUUGUGAGCCAAGGGUUUGGUUGUUCUAAUGAUGUUACCUUCUAUGUUUAAUUUGAUUCUAUUGUUCAAGUGAACAAGGGCACAUGUGCCCCUUGUUCAGCUUGUUAAUUCAACUGGGUUUGUGCGAUGUAGAAUGGGCAAUUCCAAAAUUUUCCUUAAAAGGGGCUAUCUCAGUAACUGAAAAUCUUUCAACCUCAAGGGUUGCACCACGAUGUGAAUGACCAUUAUUACUUUUGGC